AUGGCAGACAAGGACGUCCAGCAGCCCGUUGCGGCUCAUCUCGUCGCUCCUAACGAGGAGGCACAACAUGCCGCAGACGACGAGAAGUCAAUGGGCUUGCUGCAAGCCAUUAGGUUGUAUCCGAAAGCUGUUGGCUGGUCGGUCGUUCUAUCGAGCGCACUGAUUAUGGAAGGAUACGACCUUGCUCUCCUUGGGUCGCUCUACGGGAGUCCCAUGUUCAACCAGAAGUAUGGCGUUUUCAACGAAAGGACUGGCAAAUGGGCAGUGCAACCAAGCUGGCAGAGCGCGCUGUCUAACGGUGCUCGUGCUGGAGAGGUCAUUGGUCUACUCAUCAACGGCUUCGUCAGCGAGCGCUUCGGGUAUCGCAAGACCAUGGUCGGUGCUUUGAUUGCAAUGACAGGCUUCAUCUUCAUCUUGUUCUUCGCUCCUAACGUGCAGACUCUUGUCAUUGGCGAGGUCUUCUGUGGCAUCCCCUGGGGCAUGUUCCAGACUCUGACAACUCAGUAUGCUUCUGAGGUUGCACCCGUACAGCUGCGACCGAUCUUGACAACUUUCGUGAACAUGUGUUGGGUGAUGGGUCAAUUCAUCGCAGCCGGCGUCAAUCGAGCGUGCGUUUUGCGCCAAGAUCAAUGGGCUUACAGAAUUCCAUUCGCCAUUCAAUGGAUCUGGCCGCUCCCUAUUGCCAUUGGUGUAGCCUUGGCCCCGGAAUCACCUUGGUGGCACGUCCGUCGCGGCGAUAAGGCUGGUGCGCGGGCUGCGCUGCUUCGUCUCACUUCGCCAGGCAGCGAUCCGAAUUUUAAUCCCGACGAAACUAUUGCUAUGAUUGAACAUACCAAUGAAAUGGAAAAGAACAUGAAAGAGGGCACGAGGUGGAGAGAUCUCUUCAAAGGUAGCGAUCUCCGCCGCACAGAGAUUGUUUGUUUUGCUUGGAUUGCUCAGACCAUCUGUGGUACGAACAUCAUGGGCUACUUUGCCUACUUUAUGCAACAGGCCGGACUGCCCACAGUACAAUCGUUCAACAUGUCGAUGAUCUCGCUCGCACUGGGCCUCAUCGGUACGAUGGGCUCAUGGUUCCUAAUGCAGAAGCUCGGUCGUCGUACUAUUCACUUCUCUGGAGCUUGUACAUUAUUCGUGCUUCUCAUCAUUGUUGGAUCUUGCUCCUUUGCUGGGAAUGACGCUUCGAACUGGGCUAUUGGCGCUGUUCUUAUUGUAUUCGUCUUCGUUUACGACUUCACGAUCGGUCCAGUCACCUACUCGAUUGUCGCCGAGAUGCCAUCGACCAGGCUGAAGUCAAAGACUAUCAACCUCGCUCGAGCACUAUACAAUAUCUCCAACAUCGUUGUCAACGUCCUGACCAACUACCAGCUUGGUAGUGGAGGCUGGGCUUGGGGGGCGAAGACAGCCUAUUUCUGGGCUGGCACCUGCGGAUGUGUAGUUGUAUGGGUGUGGUUCAGACUCCCAGAACCAAGGGGCCGGACAUACGCUGAGCUUGAUGCACUAUUUGAAGGCAAAGUUAGCGCGAGGAAGUUCGCCACCACGCAAGUUGAUCCAUACGGCCGCGCGCUGUGGAGUCUCCUGCACAUAACAUGCACGAGAUGGACCCCGUUGUGCAGACGAACAUCGACAAUCCGAAUGGCGUCCACGAGAAAAGUGAUCCCGAAGGCAUGUGAUGCUUGUCGGCGCCGGAAAGUCAAAUGCAAUGGGCUGCAGCCUUGCUCGGGCUGUAUGUCGGCGAACUUGACGUGCACCUACGAUUCACCAAGACGGCAGGGAGGAAAUAGAGGGAUCAGAGCCACUGUUCUCAAUGAGCUUAGGAAUGGUCAAGCACAGUCUACUGCAGCUACCUCCCCAGCUUCAGCUCCGGCGGAGUCGACUUGCUCACCUCUAGCAUCCCCCUACUAUGCGGAAUCAUCUUUCGUACAAGCCUGUGUAGGCGCAUACAUGCAUCGAAUAUACCCGGUCGUUCCCAUUCUAACUCCUCAUGCCUUGGAGAUGGAGGUGCAGCUGUCCGAGACCUCGGCCGCGUCCCGCCAGUUCGUCCUAGCCUUCUGCGCUUACGUUGCGAAUUUCGGGAAUGCCCUUGAGGAGACGCCAAUUGAUCAACAGGUCCUAUCGAGGGCUAAUUUGGGACGGCAGAGCCUGGAAGAAGCGCUUCGGGUGCAAAAUCUUAGACGCAUUACCGACCCCAGUCCCAGAUCGAUGUUUAUAUCUUUCUUCUUGUAUGGUGCAUAUGCUGGACUUGGAGACUAUCAGCAGGGCUGGUUCUAUCUUCGUGAGGCGACAACUAUCUUUACUAUGCUGAGGGCAGACGCGAUCAGCUGGUAUGAUCAGAGGGCGCAUAGUUGCAUGUUCUGGGUCCUCCUAAUUUCCGAAAGGUCUCACGGCGUAAGAAGAAACAGGCCAAUUACACUCCAAGUCACGCCAUCCAGCCCUUCACUCAGCAGCACACAUGCUCCUAGCCUUGAACUUCUUGCUUCAGUAUUCCAGCCACUUGAUGAGAUAUUCUUCACGGUAUGGAACGGUGCAAGUAGUGGCUGCAGUAAAGAGUGGCUGCUUGAGCUUGAGCGUAAUGUCCGAACAGCCCUACCGCCUAACCUUGAAGUAUCGAACGAGGAGAUGGCGAAUCUGCGCGUUUCCCAGUUUUGGUUACGGAUCAAACUUUGGGAACUAUUCCCGCGCUUCGGUUAUCUAUCAACCGAAUCGUUCUAUGAGUGCUUGACUUUCAGAUACCCAAUAGCUGUUGCGACCGAUCUGACUAUCCUCGCAAUUAAAGUGCCUAUUGCAAGCCUACAGGUCCAUGGGGUUGGCAUGACCGAGAAGGUGUUUGAUAUUGCCUGUGCCGUUGCGGAUGUUCUUCCUUUCAUAUCGGUGUCAACUUCUCAGGUAAAGCUUGGCCCAGUUGACUACCUGACACAAGUUGUAUCCUUGCUCGCGAAGCUUCCAGGCGGCGCAACCAAGUUCGUCCCUCUUCUUCUCGCCAAGAUCAACGAGUUGCGCCCGGAGCUGAUUGAUACUCUCUGCGCGGCGACACAGCUGCCUCUUACCGCCUUCAACGACCCCAUGAGUCCUGACACUCGUUUCGUAUACGAAGAGGAAGUAGGCAGAGGGCUCUAUGCUGAUCUCAGAAGAGCGGUAUAA